UCUUUCCCCGAGUUAUAGAACAGUCGCGAAAAUCAAAAUCGCCCAAAAGCAUGGCUCUGAUUUUGCCCUGUACAUUUUGUACUUCGCUUCAGCGACAGAAUUUUCCGAUCAAUCGUCGACGAUAUUCUCCGAAUUUCCGUCGAGGAGCUACGAGAUGUGAGUUCCGAAUUCCUGUAGAAGUUUCCACUCCAUCAGAUAGAGGAUCGUUGGAUGUUCCUUCGCAUAAGGUCACUGUUCACGAUCGGCAACGAGGCGUAGUUCACGAGUUUGAGGUUCCGGAGGAUCAGUAUAUAUUGCACUCAGCUGAAUCUCAGAACAUUACUCUUCCGUUUGCUUGCAGGCAUGGUUGUUGUACUAGUUGUGCCGUACGUGUAAAAUCUGGAGAGCUGAGGCAGCCACAAGCAUUGGGAAUAUCAGCAGAGCUGAAGUCCCAGGGGUAUGCACUUCUUUGUGUGGGUUUCCCUACAUCUGACCUUGAAGUAGAAACACAAGACGAGGACGAGGUCUACUGGCUACAAUUUGGAAGAUACUUCGCUCGUGGACCAAUUGAAAGAGAUGAUUACGCCCUUGAACUCGCCAUGGGAGACGAAUAGAAACAAAAAGAAGCAUGUAAAGUCUCAAACAUUUCUGUAUUAGAAGUGACUAGUGAGUGUUUUUUUUUUUUUUUUUUUUGUUAUAGGGUAUAGUGACUAGUGAGUGUUACUUUCUUGUUAGUCCUGAAUCUCGUUGUGCAUCCUCGUAAAUCUCUUAAUGAACUCAAUGAUAUUCUGAUAAAACU